AUGUUGGGCUUUCUUCUUCUUUUGGCUUCAUACGCCAGUCUUUGCCUGGCUGUCGCAGAGUACCCCCCUGACUGGCAUGUCAUUUUCACCAACGCAUCGUCCGUUCCCUCUUACGACUUCGGUCGUAAAGACAUUUUGCUUCCCAAAAACACGACAGCACCUCCUGCCAGGAAGCCCUUACCUUGCGCCCUUAUUCAAAAACGUGAUGUCCCCAUCACUCUGCGUGACAACACCGUUAUAUACACCGACAUAUUCCUGCCGGCCAAUCAGUCUGGCCCCUUCCCGACUCUCGUGAAUUUCAGUCCCUACGGCAAAACGACUCCUUCCAGCGUACCCAGUGGCGUCAGCCCCAAUUGGUUUUCCGGUUACGCAAAAUUUGAAGGGGCGGAUGCCGCUACCUACGCGUGUCGUGGCUAUGCUGUUGUCAACCCGGAUAACCGCGGUGCCUAUCAAUCAGAAGGGAACAUUCACUUCUUUGGCUCGGUCGACGCCCACGACGGAUACGACGUUAUUGAGUGGAUUGCAGAACAGACGUGGAGCACUGGGAAGGUCGCGAGUAUCGGGGCAUCUUGGCUUGCAAUCACUCAGUGGUUCGUUGCUGCACUGAACCCUCCUCAUCUCACAGCCAUUGUUCCCUGGGAUGGCUUUAGUGAUUUCUAUCGCGAUAAUGUCAUGUGGGGUGGAAUUCCGGAUGUGCAAAUGUCGCAAAGUGUUGGUGAGAAUUUACCAGGAAACGGGAAAGUAGAGCGACCCGACCUCAUGACCAGCGUGUAUCCAUUUAUGAAUGCCUACUAG